ACUGAAAGGAUAGGAGAAAAAUCCAACGAUGAAUAAAAGCCGAAGAAAAGCUAGGAUGUCUUCUUCUUCAACAGAAGGGAAAGGUCUUCAAUCGAAUGCUUCAGGAGAGGCGGAAGCUUCAAAGGGUGGUAGCAUUCGUGGUAGAAGUUUAGAAGAUGAAGAAAGUCAUCGAUCAAUUGAAAGCAGCCAUGUUUCGUCCACAUCCCCCUCCACUAUAGGAACCUGCACACUUAUGUGCCCAGCUGGGGAAAGAGUCCAACGUGAACACCUUCGAGAUUUGUCUGUGUUUGAGAGGUUAAAUGGCCAUCCUGGGAAGACAUCUCCAAGUCUUGCAGUGAAAAAGUUUUGCAGAACUAUGUCGACCAAGCAUGUGCAGGAAUCAGAUGUGCGGCCUCUUCCAGUAUUGAGAGACACGUUAUGCUACCUUUUGAACUUAUUGGAUUCUUCAGAACAACCAUUUGAAGUAGUUCAUGACUUUGUUUUUGAUAGGACAAGGUCUAUACGCCAAGAUCUUAGCAUGCAGAACAUUGUUAAUGAUGAAGCUAUACACAUGUAUGAGGAAAUGGUUAAGUUCCACAUAGUAUCACAUCACAAGCUUCUUUGUUGUAAUUGCAAUGUGAAUAUUUCUUCUAUGUAUUAUCUCAACCUGGAGCAGCUCAGAAAAUCCCUUUCAUCUCUGUAUGGCAUGUACGAUGCCAAUCGGAAGUCCAGCACCAUCAGCAAGAAUGAAUCUGAGUUCCGCUCAUUUUAUGUACUUCUUCAUCUUGGUUCUAACAGCCAAUCAGUGGGGGACUCAUUGUCUUUGUGGUUUCAGCGCCUGGCCUCUCCCAUUCUUAAAUCAAAGGAACUGUGCUUCACUCGGAAAGUUUUAAGGUCCUUCCGUCUAGGCAAUUAUUAUUGUUUCUUCAAUACAAUAGCAGCAGAGUCUUCCUAUCUGCAGUACUGCCUUAUGGAACCUUGUAUCAAUGAGCUUCGAAUAUUGGUGGUAUCUUGUAUCAAUUAUGGUGGCUACACGCUCAGCCCAUACCCACUAGCACAGCUAUCCAAAUUAUUGAGGAUGAAGGAGUCGGACAUGAAGUCUCUUUGCAUUGCAUGUGGACUUGAAAUCAGCACAAACGAAGCUGGAAAUAAGUUCUUACCAACUAAGCAAACUACUUUCCAUCCACCCAAAGGAGGGUUUCAAAACUACAGCUUCUUAGGUUUGGAAAGACUGCAAAGGCAUACUAGAGUAGAUGAUUCUAGAACCACCAACCAAGCCAGUUGAAGACCCUCGGUAUCAUCUCUAUCAUUCUGUAUAGCAUGGAAGGAUUAUGAGAAUUUUGCACCUCCCACUACGACCUCUAUAGAAUGCAUAUGUAUUAUAUAAUAUUAUAACUCGUCUUUGCAAUUAAAGGGCCUAGGGAUAUGCCUAAUAGGAUUUGGCUUGAGAUGAUCA